AUGGCAGCUCCUGCUCCGGUUGCUAUAGGCACAAGGGGAACAAUUGGAUCUCUUGUCAGGAAAGAAAUUGAAUACUUCACCAAUUCACAGAAGGCUCAGCCACAGUUUGUGGACAUGGUUUCUAGCAGAGGCUAUUCUACUUCCAAGCCUAGUUUCUGGUUCUUGCUAAUGACAGGGAAGAGGAGGAAGAAAAGAGGUGCAAAUAAUGGGUUUCUCCCAAAAAUAUGUUCUGCUGUUGAAGUAGCAGAAAGCAAUCAAUUGAACAGGAUUCCUGGUUACAGCUACAGGAUCCUCAAGAAUGACAUCAACAACUUUCAGCACUAG